AUGGCUGCUGAUGGCCUUGUGUCGAGGCUCAGCGAAGUCGUAGUCGACGCUGGGCGGUUGGCGGUGUCUGGGCUCGCCAUUUCGAGCGACGUCGGCAAUGAUGUCAGAGAUGCUGUGGCUUCUGAAAGCACCGAGUCUAUGGAGACAGAGGCUGCAGAGUGUGGGGUCGAUGACAAAGCUCUGGCUGGAGAAAAUGAAGUGAUUAAAGGUGAAGGAGUUGUAGGUGAGGAAGAAGAAGGAGUAGAGGUCGAGCUUGUGGUGGCCGAGGAGCCUUUUCCUUUUACACGAUAUUUCGACGGUAGCGGCAUGCCAAAAGCUGAUGCGACGGGAACAAGGAUUGCCGUCAUGAUCAGGGGGGUGAGAUGA